AUGGCGUUCACAGGACUGAAUUGGAAGCACGUGAAAGACACAUUUAUGGACGUGAGUGAAAGAUUAUUAAACAAAGAUCCAGGUAUUCAAAUGACUUGGGACGGGGGCGGUCUUUAUUUGGAUACCUGACAAAGAUCACAGGCGGGGAAAAACGGAAAAAAAGAGAAAAGGAAAAGAAAGGAGAAAAGUGGAGGGUGCGGACGGAAAACGGAACGUUUCGGCGUAAACAAAUGUGUUUUUCUCGUUUUUCGGCCACUAAAAAUGUUCGGCACAACAUUUUUGUUCAGUUUUUGUCUUUUCCGCUCGCCGCGUUCGAUGUUUCAUUCGCCUUAAAAAUUUAAAAAUUGCAGCUAGGAACAAUGGUGACAAUGAUGACGGGAAGUCGAGAAGGGUCUUCCGACUCGACGGCGUCUUCCGAAGGCUCUUCGAUCGCAGUGGCCGGCAGUAACAAUCGGGUUGUCGUCCUGAAGCGAAAAAGUGCGGAGGAGGAGAGCAGCGACGGAGAGACGGCGACUAAAAAGGCCAAUUCCGACUGUCCCGACGAUAAUUCGCCUGGAAAUGGCAGCGAGGCCGAGGAUCGCGCCUCCAUACGGUUAGAAAUUCGGAAUAAAUUGGAUCUUCACAAAUUUCGAAUAUUCCGCCAAAACGAAAUGUUUACCUUUUUCGAUAAGAUUUCAAAAAACGUCCAGAGCAUUUCUUGAUAGCAAUUAUAAAUUUCAAGUGAACUUUCCGAUUUUCCACGUUGUCCGCGUGUCAUUGAAAAAAGUUAAGCUUAUUGUUUCCCGCUAUACUUGACUGAAAAUUCUAGAAUAAUGACAACGACAGAAUUGAGCAUAGAAGUCGAAAUUCAACCAACCUACGGGACCAGGUACCUGAUUUUGGUUUCGUCGAAAAAAGGUCCUAUUCUCGUGAUGUUCCUUCAAAGAAUUGAAAAAAUUCCAAAAUGUUCUAAAUUGAACGUUUUGCAGAUUUCUUUCGAGCCUGACAAACGUGAUCAUAAAACCGACACAGCUGCUGAAAAAGACGGCGGCAUUUUCGGGCGCCGAUCAGUGGGUACCCAAAGAAAUGGAGGAGAUUGCCGAAUUUCCGACCGACUCGCUCGAUAAGUACAAAAAAGUGCAUCCGAACGUGGAGGCGCCGAAGAAAUUCAAUCUCGUCAACGGCGAAUUCUCCGUUCUUGCCAGUGUUCAGGUUCGGUCGUUUAUGGAAUUUUUAAAACUUCCCUAUAAUUUAUAGGCUAUAAAUCCAAUUGUUGAACAAUCUUGUCUGUAAAAAUGCGAAAAAAAAUUUGUUUUCAGACGCUCUCCAAAGAAAUAGUGUCGCCGAAAACGCAAAGAGCGGAAAAAUCGCGAGAGGAGAAAUUGACGCAGAACGAGCUGACGGACAAUGAGAAAAAGAAGGAAAAGUGAGGAUUAGUGCUAUAAAUUUUCGGAAAAAUUGAGGCAAUCAAUUUCAGCGCCGAAGAGGAAAAGCCCAAAGUUUUGUACCAUUUGGCAAUCACGCUCUACAAUGAGAAGCACGAAAAAUACGUGAUGUCACUGUUCAGAAGCCAUAAAGUGAUUCUCUUUAAAUAAUAUCGAUUUGUUUGAAAAUUUUGACAUUUUAUUUUCAGCUGGCCGAUGUGGUGGCACUUUGUGAGCGAUGUCGUGAAAAUCCGGAACUUUUCCGCGUCUUCCCUAAAAGUUUGUGUUUUUCAAAUUUUGAAAUUAAAAACCCAUUUUUGGCAGAUGUCAAUAUCAAAGAAUAUCUGCAUUUAAUUUUCAACGAACUCCGCGACAACAUGACCUGGAAAUCCGUGCAUAUUUCCGCAAAAAUCGGUCUUUUGGAAUUUUUCGAAAACUUGCAACAGCACAAAUUGGAGAAGAAUUUCAAUGCGAUGGCUCAGCCGGAGGGGAUGAGUCCGCUCCUCAUCGCCAUACAAAAUGAUCAGUGCGCUUCUGAUUUUAAUGACUUUUCAAAGUUAUUCUCGUUCAGAAUCGAGACGGUGAAAUGGAUGCUCGAGCACGGCGCCGACAUCAACUGCAUGACUGCGGACGGAGCGAACGUGCUCCACGUGGCGGCCACGUCAUCCGGCGAAAUGCUCAAAUUGCUGUGGGACACGAAAAAGUGCGCGACGAUGCUGAACAAGGGCGAUUCGAACGGAAACUCGCCCACUUAUAUUGCACUCUCGAACGCGUGCAUCCUCAAUUGCUCCACGCUUCGAAGUUUUGGUGAGCGCAAUUUUUAAGAGAAAUUUUAAAGCUUUUGCCAUCAUUCUGAUUUUUUUAAUCGAAUUUUUUCUCGAAAAAUGUUUCAGGCGGAACGAUAAACUCUUCGGAUGCGACGCACGCAGCCACUCCCGUCAUCGGAGCAAUGAAACGUGGCAAACUGGACGAGACGUCGCUGAAAAAGAUUCUGGAGCUGAAGCCGGACGGGCUGGCCGAAAAAGAACCGGCCACCGGAAAUUCGGUCAUUCAUUGUGCGACCAGCAAAAAAGCGCUCAUUCUGUUGAUGGAGAAAUUUGUACGGUUUUACCCUUUUUAGGUCCCUUUUUUUAAAGAAAUUACACUUUUGAAAUGCCAAAUCAAUUUUGAAGUUGAACACAAAAUUUGCAGAGAGAGCAAACGGAUCCGGAAGCACGUAACUCGUGCCAACAGACGCCUUUGCACGUGUUCGUGGCCAAAGACGAACUCGGGCUGGUGAUGACGAUAUGCGCGUACGGAGUGGACAAGGACGCGCAGGACAUCAACGGAAACACCCCUCUUCACUGUGCCGUCACGGUUUGUGAUCUAUUUUUGCGAAAAAAAAGCAAUGUUUUGUUGAGAAAUGAUUCGGUACGGUUACGAGAAAAGCGCCCAAAAGUGUAGAGGUUGUUAGAAACAAAAUCUAAAGUCUCGUGAUUAGUAAAAACAAUUAUCAAAACAGUUGCUUUCUUGCAGAGAGGAAACGUCGAAGUGGCCAGAAUGCUGUUGUGCCUCGGAGCCAGGACGGAUAUCAAGAAUCGGUACAAGGAGACGGCGAGACACAUUGCCGCCCGCCUUUCCGAUCAGUUAGUUGCAUUUUUCGCUCGCUUUGUUUUUGUUUGUUUCAAAGUUUGGCAAAAAAUCGUGGCGCACGCAAAUCGCUUCUCUCUCGCCCAAAGCUCGACAAAAGCUGGACAAAUUGUGCUCGUUUUUGCAGAGAAGCCAAAAUGGACCUGGUCCGGGCGCUGAUAAUCUGCGGUGCGCCGGCGUGCGAUGCGGGAUUCGUCGGCUGCGCGUUCGGCUGCAUGCACAAUCAGGGACUCGGCGCCUGCCGGGCACAAAUGGGCAACAGUGCGUCGAGCAGUUCGUGCGAGGAGGGCAACGUGGAGCGGAACGUGAAGGAGAACAGAGUGGCCGAAGAGGCGGCCACCGGCGCCUACGAAUUCGUAUUGGACCCGGACACGCAACUCGUCGAGGAGGCCUACGCGGAGCGGAACGAAACGAGAGGAUUCCCGCACGAUCAGGCGAUGGAACGGGUGAAGAGACGGCUGAGAGAGCUCGUGGAGCGGAAGGAGACCUCGAAUGUGAUCAAUGUGCUCGGGUUGGACGGCGGCGGCAUUCGCGGACUCGUCACCGUUCAGGUUGGAACCACAAAAGUGCUGAAAAAUUGAGAGUUGUUCGUUGCACGGCAGGGAUAACGGCUUUUUCGGGGUCCUCAUCGUUACCCCAUGGCGUUUUUUCUUCGCGACUAGCAAACUGUCCACGAUCUCAUUUUGCAGAUGCUCAUCGCCCUGGAAGCGUACCUGGAUCGUCCGCUCAUCGACUACUUCGACUGGAUCGGCGCCACGUCGACCGGCUGCUACAUCAUGUCAACUUUGAUGACGGGCGGUUCUCUUCGACACGCGCAGAGGUACUAUCUGCAGUUCAAGGACCAACUGUUCGAUUGUUGGAGCCGUCCGUACGACACGAAAACGCUCGAGGGGUUCAUUAAACGAUCGUUCGGCGCCGAUCGGCUCAUGGGCGACAUCAAGUAUCCAAAGUGAGCAUUUAGAAACAAAUUUGGGAUAUAUAGGACAAAUUAGGACGAUUUUUAACCUUCACGUGAAAAUCCUCACACUUCCGCUAUUUUUUCGUGUUUUUAGGCCCCUAAAACGAUUCUUUUUUCAGGUUUUUCUGCACGACAGUCCGCGCCGACACUUUUCCCGUUCAAUUGGACCUCUGCCGCAACUACCGUCUUCCGGUCAGCCCGAAAGAGAAUGAGGAUUUGGGAUUUUCGGAUCCGAAUGGUAAGCUAUUAGAACUUGUGAACUAGUCGGAUUUUUUUUAAACUGAAAAACAGAAGAACGCGCGCGUCAAACAUUUAUCGAUAAAUGUUUCGUGCUGGAUAAAGUUAUACCAUGCGAAAUGCUAUAAACAAGUGUCGAUAAAAGAUUUAUCGAAACAUCUAUGUUUCCAGAACUGACAAUGUGGAAAGCGGUCCGUCGGAGCAGCGCGGCGCCGACGUACUUUUCCGCGUCCGAAGGCAAAUACAUUGACGGCGGAAUGAUCUCGAACAAUCCGACACUGGACCUGAUGUCCGAGAUUUGCUUCUGGAAUACGACGUGUCAGAAAAUGAAGGUUUCCACUUUUGUCCUCUUGUUUUUUUCUGUAAAGAACACUGAAAAUAUCUGUGAAAAAUUGUAAAAGUGUACAAUUUCAGCUGCCCGAGAAGAUGGUCGACGUCGGAUGCGUACUUUCGGUCGGAACGGGUGUCACGCCCAUCUGUCCCGUCGAUCCGUCGGUUUUCGAAAUGAACGACUGGAUGGGACUGUUGAGGGGCAUCCGAAAUUUGUCGUUAGUCGUUAUCGAUCAGGUAACUGCGCAUUUUUCGCACAAAAUAAAAAUGCUUCGCUUUUCCCGCCCGCUUACUGAAAACGGGAAUUUCAAAUUUUUUGAGGCGACCGCCACGGAAGGAGCGCCGAUUACGAGGAGUCGAUCGUGGUGCCAUUCACUCGGAAUUCCGUACUUUCGACUGAAUGCGCCCAUUUUUAAGGUGUGUGAUUUUCAGACAAAGUCAGUGUCGGAAAUGAGAAAGCACGCAAAUACAACCAUUUUGAGCGUUGGAACAGAGAAAAUGGUCGAGAAAUGACUGACUCGAAAAUCGAUCGAUUCAAUUUUCUCGUUUCUGAAUAAAAUCCGCCUUUUAAGCACGAAAUAUGGGCAGGUAUUAAUUUCGCGGAGUCAAUUGUGUAGAAGCAUUGUGAAUUUUUGAAUUUCGCGCUGAAAAACUGGGUCAAAAGGCGAAUUUCAGCAUUGCAAUCUUCUACAAAUGUUUUGUUACAGGACGUGAUUCUCGACACAAAUGACGAUCAGGAAUUGGCGAAAAUCAUGUGGGACUCGGUGGUCUACUCGCAUACGCACAAGUCUGUUCUUUUUCCAAUUUUUUUUAAAGGGAAAAGCAAUUUUGUUUUGCAGAAAAGAUUUCGAAGAAAUUGCCGGAUUGCUGAAAGCCGUCGGAACUGUGGACGAGCGGAAGAAUCGAUUGACGAUCUAA